CUGUUUAAAUCUGUGUACUAAUCAAGUUUUUUUGUAUUAAAAAAAACUAUUCAAUAAACAACAUUUAAUUUUUUUCAAAGUUAAUUGUUGAAAUAAUACUUCACUAAAACUAAUUGAUUUAAAAUAUUAUUUAUAUUGAAAUAAUAAUUCAAGACAUCGAGGUUUAAUAAAAAUUAAUAUGUUAGUCUUUAAAUCUUAUUCUUCUGGACUAGCCUCAAUUUUAAAGAGUCAAAAAAUCAUGAGGAAUUCUAUUUAUUCAUCAUUAACAUUAAUUAGAUAUAAAAGUAACACGCCAUUUAAUACUGGUAUUCUGUUUGUGCCUCAACAGGAGGCAUGGAUAGUUGAAAGGAUGGGAAAAUUUUGUCGAAUUUUAGAACCUGGCUUAAACUUUUUAAUACCCUUUCUUGAUCGUGUGGGAUAUGUUCAAAGUUUAAAAGAAUUAGCAAUUGAUGUUCCUAAACAAAGUGCUGUAACAUUAGAUAAUGUAACCCUUAAUAUAGAUGGUGUAUUGUAUUUAAGAGUCAAUGACCCUUAUUUAGCAAGUUAUGGGGUAGAAGAUCCAGAAUUUGCAAUCACCCAACUUGCCCAAACUACCAUGAGAUCUGAACUUGGUAAAAUUUCAUUAGAUAAAGUGUUUCGAGAAAGGGAAAAUUUAAAUUAUGCUAUUGUUGAAAGUUUAAAUAAAGCAAGUGCUUCAUGGGGAAUGGUGUGUUUUCGUUAUGAAAUCCGUGACAUUAAACUUCCAAAUAGAGUACAAGAAGCAAUGCAAAUGCAAGUAGAAGCUGAAAGAAAAAAGCGAGCAGCAAUAUUAGACUCUGAAGGUAUAAGAGAGGCUGAAAUCAAUGUUGCUGAAGGAAAAAGACAAGCAACCAUUUUAGCUUCAGAGGCUGAUCAACAAGAACAAAUUAAUCGAGCUCAAGGAGAAGCAAAUGCAUUGUUAGCAGUAGCUGAAGCUAAAGCUAAAGGAAUUAGACUUAUUGCAGAUUCUUUAAAACAAACAGAUGGAUAUAAUGCAGCAUCUUUGAAAAUAGCAGAAUCUUAUGUAGAAGCAUUUGGAAAGAUAGCUAAAUCAACAAAUACUGUUAUUAUUCCUGGCAAUACAUCUGAUGUCUCAUCAAUGGUCACACAAGCAUUAUCUAUUUAUAAAUCAUUAUCCAGUAAAAAUGAUUUGUCCAAAAAAUCUACUGCAGAAGACAAAUAAAAUACUAUGGCAUGUAUUUUUAUAUAUUUCACAUUUUAACUUUUUUAUACAUCUUGUAAAAAAAUUAAUAAAGUAUAAUGUUUCAAAUAAAUUUUUUGUUAGAAUCUAAUAAUAUUUGUUAUUUUGAAAAAUCCUAUAUGUAUGAUAUAAUUAAUUAGUUAAUAUUUUAACAUG